AUGAUGGCUAAGAUCCUUGUAGCAUGUGCCUUUGUGGCCUACGUACAAGCAGGUUUCAUAGGGGACAGUGGACAUGGAUCAGCUACAUCUUAUGCGAAUGCUGAAGCAGCCUCCUACCAUUCUGCUCCGGUGGAAGUGGCUGCACAUUCUGUUUCUGUGGAAAAAUCUGUGGAUUACCACGCAUACCCUAAGUACGAAUUCAACUAUGGGGUAGGUGACGGUCACACCGGAGACCACAAAUCACAAAAGGAAGAACGUGAUGGUGAUGUGGUCAAAGGCUCUUACUCCUUGGUUGAGCCUGAUGGUACAAUUAGAACCGUCCACUACACCGCUGAUGACCACAACGGUUUCAACGCAAUCGUUACCAGAUCUGGCCAUGCCAUCCACCCACAGCCAAUCAAAACGGUGAUAGCUGAACCCGUGGCCGAACAUGGAGGUUACGAACAAGGAGGCUACGAACAUGGUUAUGGACAUUAG